AUGGAUAAACCAAUCUUAAUGAGUUCUUAUAGACUUCAUAAAAAGUUUUUAAAAAAUACUCAAGAAAAUUUAAAAGACCAGUUAAGGAAGUUGAAAAUUAGAUGUCUCUUGAAACACAAACGAAGAAUAGCGGCUGCAAAAUCACCUCUCGUACCAAACAUCGAUGGCCAGCUGUCGGCCGAGGAGACCUACAAACGAAAGCAACAGUUUCGAAGACUGCCACCGGACUUCGUCUGGAUGGACAUCAUAAGGAAAGUCGUGCUGAUGAUCACGGCUUACGGAGCUAUGCAGAAGAGAGGUUGCCUUCUCGAACGAGUAACGUAUCGAAACAUCAUCGAACAGUACAGAGUGGCUAUCAACACGACCACAGCCUCGGGCAACGAGGCCAUGAUGAGCAGCAACGUUAAAUACAAUCCAAAAGAUUAUGCCGCUUCUAAAAAGUUCUCAAUACCAACAGGAGCGGUCAAAAUAAUGCAAAAGCCAAUGGCUCUGAGAACGCACAAGGACAUAAUGACCAUCUACGCUAUCAUGAUGGACCUUCCAAUCUUCCAAAAUUAUUCCACAAAGCUCAGAUGGUCCAUAGCCAGACACGUGAAAUACUUCAAAUGCGAACCGAAAAGAGUUUUGACAUUAGAAAACCGUCACCCCAUCCGAGUUUAUUUCAUUUAUUCUGGAAUUGUUAACGUGGUGUUCAAAGAAGAGGAAGGCUCUAACUUGAUAGGCACGAAGAAGAAACUUUCGCUUAAAAGGGGUGCUUGCAUCGGGCACACUGGUAAGACGCGGCUCUGCGUUUGUGCAACAAACUGCGAAUUUUUAGCCAUCUACAAAACGACGUACAUCAAGGAAGGAAUCGACGCCGUGCAAGUCAGGGAGGCCGAGGAUCGAUUUGAAUUUUUUAGAAAGUGGAGUCCCAUCGACAGUUGGUCUGACAACGCUGUCUACGAUCUGGCGAACAUUAGUUACACGGAAGGCUAUCCCAGCGGAUCGUUCAUACUUCACAAUGUGCUGGAGAAAGAUUCUGAUGUCGUCUUGUUUGUUCUGCAGGGAAAAUUAGACGUCGUUAAAGUGACUUCAAACAAAAAAUGCCACGAUAUUGAAAAAAAUAAAUCACUACCGAAAACAUUAGGAGCCGCUUCGAGAAAGUUUUUAGAUCCAAUUUUGAAGCAGGUAAACCCAAAGAACGCAAAUGAUGUAAAUCUGUGUAACCCUUUCAUAAAAAAUUCACGCCAAACAACUAAAUUUUCUUCUGACAAAUAUUCCUUGUCGUCGUUGGUUAGUGAAGUUGCUGACGUCCGAUUGACCAACAUACAGGACUCUGGAACAGUGUUGAUAACGCCCAUCUACGUUGGAAUCAGAACCUUAUAUGAAGGAGAGUGCUACGGACUGGAGAGGAUUCAGGAGGAAAAGGACAGCAGGAAGCGAAUAAAAAAUCAAUUUUGUUUAAUCAGUCGAGAUUGCGUAGUUAUAAAGUUAUCGGGCUCGUUGCUACUGGAAUUGAUACAGCACCUAGGGGUGGAUAAAAAUGAAAUGAGAAAAAAAGCGCAGACGUAUCAGGACGAGACAACAAUUUGCGACCUGAUUGAGAAAGAUCUGAUGUGGAAGCAGUACAAACAGAGCGUCAUUGAGACGCAGGUCCUCUCGCGACCGACGAUAAGAAAAAGUAAAAACUUCCUAAACCACGUAGCUAACGAAACGAGACUGCCCGGAGUCUUUAACCAGGCCAAGUACAUGUUCCCACAGCAGAUAAUUAGACUGAAUAAUCAAAGGACAACCAAUCCACUGUACCAACUGGCCGAAAACUGUCGCGAGAUUCUGGCGAAGUUGGAAAAGAAGAACCGCUCGAUCUAUGUUUUCAAAUGA